AUGGCCAUGAGGGUUGUAAUGAGGAUAAUCAAUUCUAUGGACUACAAAGCAAAGAUAGUGAUGGCAGCUGUAUUCCUUAUUAUAAUCCUUGUCUGGUUCUUAAGUAGUCCUGAUACUAAUUUCACACAGCCUAGGGAUCCAGUUCAUGAAAAGUAUCCCGGUAUUUUUCACCCUGUUCCCUCCUACUUCUUAAAACUGACUCCAAAUGGAGAAAUCAUUGACUCUAGUCUUCCAGGCUACCGUAUUGUAGUAGAAGCUGAGCAACUCGUUCAAGAUGUGACGGUUGAUUCAUUUGUUGAGCUCCAGGUCACCCCAACUCUUAUUAAUACUGCAGAAGAGGUCACUCUAUCAUGGACUAGUACUGUAUCUCCCACUGAUUGGAUUGCCUUGUACUGUCCUGUCCACUCCAACAUUAAUAAAUACAUUGAUUACAUUCUUCCAAAGGAUUUUCCUCAAAACUCUGCCCAAUUGCAGCUUUACAACUUGCGGAGUGACUGCCAGUUUCGCUAUUAUAGCAACGAAACCAAUAGAGUCAGACUAAUAGCAAGAAGUAACAUCAUUAGUUUUAAAGGAGGAGACUGUGCGCCUCUUCAUGGCCAUCUAGCACUUACUGGUAAUCCAAAUGAAAUGAGAGUACAAUGGACAUCUGGGACUAACAAGACAUCCAUUGUAGUUUAUGGAACUGAUCCGUAUAAACUAGCCUUAAAAUCAAUAGGUGGAUGUACAACAUAUAAAGCAGCAGACAUGUGUGGUGAGCCUGCCCGUGCUGAUAUAAAUUUCAUACAUCCAGGCUACUUUCAUGAUGUACUACUGACAGAUCUUAUACCCGAUACAUUAUAUUACUAUCAAUAUGGGAGUACAGAGGCAAUGAGUGAUGUGCAUUCAUUUGUAGCCUCACCACACAUUGGGGACCAAGGAACCUUUACUUUUCUUACUUACGGUGACAUGGGUAUUAGCACUGGCACUGGUUUACCUGCUGCUCAAGCAACAGCUCAAUUAGCUUUGAGUGACAUUAGAGACAAUGGAGUAAGGUUCAUCAUACAUCAAGGAGACCUGUCGUAUGCAGUGGGAUAUUCUUACCUAUGGGAUGUAUGGAUGAACCUAAUAGAGCCACUAGCUACUAGAGUCCCUUACAUGAUUGGCAUUGGCAAUCACGAACAGGAUUACAUGAGCGAUAGAAAAGGUAUCAGAGAUCCCAGUGGAGAUAAAACUGAUGGUUUUCAUCCUCCCUGGGGUAACUAUGGGCACGAUUCAGGUGGAGAAUGUGGCGUGCCUGUAUUGCAUCGCUUUCACAUGCCAGACAACGGUAACAAGAUCUGGUGGUAUUCUUUCAAAUAUGGAGCUGCACAUUUUGUUUUCAUGAGCACAGAGCAUAAUUUCACUGCUGGUACAAAUCAGUACAAGUGGCUAGAGAGAGAUAUGAGAUCAGUCGAUCGUAGUGUGACCCCAUGGCUAAUAUUUGUAGGCCAUCGACCAAUGUAUACUAGCGAAAUGUAUCCGGAAGAUCACAAGGUUGCUAAUCACAUUCAA